AUGGCGAGGAAGCUCAGUGUGUUGGAAGUCUUUCUGUUCAUCUGCUUCCUAAUUGUAUUGGCCGUAGAUAUCUUCUUGGUGUUUCUGGUGUGUAAGAAUCCUCCAGAUAAUUCAUCACCGUGCCCUGCAAUCCCUGAAUCACAAAGGAUAGACUGUACGCCUGGCGAGAUGGUGUCAGAGGAAAUCUGCACCAGGAAAUAUAAGUGCUGCUGGAAGCCUGUGCCAGACACUAAUGUCCCCAGGUGCUUCUUCCCCAGGAGCUGGGGCUACAAAGUCAAAGACGACCUUAAAAAUGAAAGCACAAGGUUAACUGCCACGUUGGAAAAGUUUCAAACCCCAGAUUGGUUUGAAAAUCAUGUCAAGGAGGCCCUCUUCACAGCUGAGUAUCAGACACCCAGGCGUCUUCAUUUUAAGAUCACUGAUGUCCAUAACAGACGCUAUGAAGUCUCCCAUGAGCAUAUUAAGCUGUUUAAUAGGACUGCUGGUUCCACCAACCCGAGCUAUCACGUCCAGAUCAUAGAGAAACCCUUUGGCAUCAAAAUAAUGAGGACGAGCAACAAAAAAGUCUUGUUGGACACGAGCAUCGGGCCCCUCCUGUUUGCUGAGCAGUACCUGCAGCUGUCCUUCCUGCUGCCCAGCGCCAACGUGUAUGGGCUGGGAGAACAUGUGCACCAGCGGUACCGCCACGACAUGGGCUGGAAGACCUGGCCCAUCUUCACCCGGGAUGCCACCCCCACCAAGGGCAUGAUUAACUUGUAUGGAGCUCACACGUUCUUCUUGUGCCUUGAAGACACCAGUGGCUCCUCUUUUGGGGUCUUUCUGCUGAACAGUAAUGCUAUGGAGGUCACCCUUCAGCCGGCUCCUGCAGUCACUUACCGCACCAUCGGGGGCAUUUUUGACUUUUAUGUGUUCCUGGGAGACACUCCAGAACAAGUGGUUCAGGAAUACCUGGAGCUCAUUGGACGGCCAUUCCUGCCUUCCUACUGGAAUCUUGGUUUCCAGCUUAGUCGCAGGAAUUAUAAUAACAUCGAGGGAUUGAAAGAAGUUGUAAACCGAACUCGUAAAGCUAGGAUCCCAUAUGAUGUCCAGUACUCAGACAUAGACUACAUGGAUGGAAAAAAGGACUUCACUAUUGAUGAAAAGGCUUUCCCUGGUCUCUCAGAUUUUGCCAAGAACUUACACGAACAUGGACAAAAAUAUGUAAUUAUUAUGAAUCCUGGCAUCUUAAAUAAUUCUGACUACCAGCCCUAUAAGAAUGGAAGAAAAAAGAGAGUAUGGAUCUUGGGGGAUAAAGGCUUUGUCAUUGGACAGGGAUAUCCAGGAAAGAUAGUCUUUCCUGCUUAUGAUAAUCCAACUUGUACUCAAUGGUGGACAGAAGAGCUUCAAGAAUUUCAUAAAACUUUGGAGUUUGAUGGAGUGUGGCUUGAAAUGGAGGAAGUAUCUAACUUUCUCCAAGGUUCUGAUGAUGGGUGUGAAUGUAACAUCUGGAACUAUCCUCCUUUCACUCCCCGAGUUCUGGACCGCUCGCUUUUUGCAGGAACCCUCUGCAUGGACGCUGAGGUUUACCAGGAGCUUCACUAUAAUGUCCACAGCUUGUAUGGCUACUCCAUGGCAAGAGCCACAGACUCGGCUUUGAAUACUGUCUUCCCCAAUAAGAGGAACUUCAUCUUAUCCCGUUCUACUUUUGCUGGGUCUGGCAAGUUUGCAGCUCAUUGGUUGGGGGACAAUGCAGCUGCAUGGGAUGAUCUCCGAUGGUCCAUCCCUAGUAUCCUUGAGUUCAACCUAUUUGGCAUCCCCAUGGUCGGUGCCAAUAUCUGUGGUUAUACAAACGAUGCCACAGAGGAGCUCUGCAGAAGAUGGAUGCAGCUUGGAGCAUUUUAUCCACUAUCCAGGAAUCACAAUGGGCCUGGGUUCAGGGACCAGGACCCUGCUGCCUUUGGUGAAGACUCUCAGCUGUUGAGUUCCUCCAGGCAUUAUCUGAACAUCCGCUAUACCCUGUUGCCCUAUCUCUACACCCUCUUCUACCGAGCUCAUACCCUGGGGGAGACUGUAGCGAGGCCCCUGGUCCAUGAGUUCUACCAGGACAAUGCUACAUGGGAGGUGCACGAGCAGUUCUUAUGGGGACCUGGACUCCUCAUCACGCCUGUGUUAUAUGAAAGUGUGGACCGAGUGAAAGCAUACAUACCAGAUGCCAUCUGGUACGACUAUGAGACAGGAAUAGCCAUCCAAUGGAGGAAACAAUUGGUGGAGAUGCUACUGCCCCCUGAUAGGAUAGGACUCCACCUUCGAGGAGGCUACAUAUUUCCCACCCAGCAGCCAAACACAACCACAGAGGCCAGUCGGAAGAACUCUCUGGGACUUAUUAUUGCCUUGGACUACAAGAGAGAAGCAAAGGGAGAGCUGUACUGGGAUGAUGGUGUAUCUGCAGAUGCUGUAACAAAAAAGAAUUACAUUCUGUAUGAGUUUUCUGUCACCUCGAACCAUCUACAAGCAAAGAUUACAAAUAAUAAUUAUACGGACCCUGACAACCUCAUGUUUACAGAUAUCAUAAUCUUGGGAAUGGACAAAGAACCUACUAAUUUUACUGAUAAUGAUACUGCCAUUUCAAACAUUAGCUACAAUGCGUCAACGAAGGUGGUGAAAAUCACUGAUCUCAAGGGACUGGUACUGGGACAAGAAUUCUCCAUUAGGUGGAAUCUUUUGGUCAGUGACAUAGAGAAGUUCAACUGCUACCCUGAGGAGCCCACUGUCUCCGAGGAGAAGUGCAAGCAUCGGGGGUGCCUUUGGGAGAACACAGUUGUUCCUGGUGUGCCCACCUGUUUCUAUGACACCAUCCCUAAGUAUGCUGCCAGUAAUAUUCAGUAUUUGCCCACUGGCAUCACCACAGACCUUACCCACCUGAUGGUCCCUGAGUCAGCGCGAGCAGCAGCACCAUCACCAGGGAGCGCACAACCUCCACCUGCAGCAGCAGCCAAUACCUCUGACCCUCUCUCUGCAGAGAUCAGCUCCCUUAGGCUCAGCGUGAUCUACCACACAGAAAGCAUGCUGCAGUUCAAGAUCUAUGAUCCCACUAAUAAAAGGUACGAGGUCCCAGUGCCUCUGAACACCCCUUCCUCUCCUGUUGGCUCACCUGAAAACCGUCUGUAUGAUGUCAGGAUUCAAAGCAAUCCUUUUGGGAUCCAGAUUCAACGAAAAAGCUCCAGCACUGUGAUUUGGGAUUCUCAGCUCCCGGGCUUCACCUUCAACGACAUGUUCCUUUCCAUUUCUACUCGCCUCCCCUCUGAGAACAUCUAUGGCUUCGGGGAAACUGAGCACACAACUUUCAGAAGAAACAUUAGCUGGAACACAUGGGGAAUAUUUGCUCGAGAUGAGCCACCAGGGGACAAGAAGAAUUCCUAUGGUGUCCACCCCUACUACAUGGGACUGGAGGAGGAUGGCAAUGCUCAUGGAGUGCUUCUGCUAAACAGUAAUGCCAUGGAUGUGACAUUCCAGCCUACUCCUGCCCUAACAUACCGCACCACAGGAGGGAUUUUGGACUUUUAUGUAGUUUUGGGGCCAACUCCCGAGCUUGUAACUCAGCAGUACACGGAGUUGAUUGGUCGGCCAGCAAUGAUUUCAUACUGGGCCUUGGGAUUCCAGCUGAGUCGCUAUGGAUACCAGAAUGAUACUGAAAUCUCCAAUUUGUAUGAUGAAAUGGUGGAAGCCCAGAUUCCCUAUGAUGUUCAGCAUGUAGACAUCGAUUACAUGGACCGGAAGCUGGACUUCACCCUCAGCACCAGAUUUCAAAACCUUAGUCUGCUGAUGGAGCGAAUGAAGAAAAAUGGCAUGAAAUUUGUCCUCGUUCUGAAUCCAGCCAUUUCUGGCAAUGAGACUGAGUAUCUCCCAUUCACCACCGGGCAAAAAAACAAUGUAUUCAUCAAAUGGCCUGACAGCAAUGACAUUGUCUGGGGAGAGUUGUACGAAGCCCACAUCGCUUAUCCUGACUUCCUGCGUAACAGCACAGCUGCUUGGUGGAAGGAGAAAAUAAAAGAGCUCUACUCAAACCCUCAAGAGCCAAAGAAGAGCUUGAAGUUCGAUGGACUGUGGAUCGACAAAAAUGAGCCAUCAAACUCUGUGGAUGGAUCUGUCAAGGGCUGCAGGGAUGAAAUUCUUAAUAAGCCACCUUAUAUGCCACAUUUGAAGUCCAGGGACAGUGGUCUCAGCAACAAGACCCUCUGCAUGGAGAGUGAGCAGACCCUGCAUGAUGGCUCCCGGGUGCGGCACUACGACGUUCACAGCCUGUACGGGUGGUCCCAGACCAGGCCCACAUACGAAGCUGUGCAGGAGGUGACGGAUCAGCGAGGGGUCGUCAUUACCUGCUCCACGUUCCCCUCUUCUGGCCGCUGGGCAGGACACUGGCUGGGAGACAACAAGUCUGCAUGGGACCAGCUGAGGAAGUCUAUCAUUGGCAUGAUGGAGUUCAGUCUCUUUGGAAUACCUUAUACAGGAGCAAAUAUCUGUGGAUUCUUAGAAAAUGCUGAAUAUGAGAUGUGUCUUCGCUGGAUGCAACUGGGGGCGUUUUAUCCAUUUUCCAGGAACCACAACACCAUCGGGACAAGGAGACAAGAUCCUGUGGCCUGGGAUUCAACCUUUCAGACAUACUCAAGAAAAGUCCUCCAGACCAGAUACACCCUGCUGCCUUACCUCUAUACUCUGAUGCACAAAGCUCACGUUGAGGGCAGCACUGUUGUCCGCCCCCUCCUCCAUGAGUUUAGAGAGGACAGGACAACGUGGGAUAUAGACCAUCAGUUCAUGUUGGGCCCUGCCGUCUUAAUCAGCCCUGUGCUAACAAGUAACACUUUUGAAGUCCAUGCUUAUUUCCCCAGAGCCCGUUGGUAUGACUAUAGCAUGGAAUCUGGCAAUACAUCAACAGGUGAGUGGAGAAUACUGGAGGCUCCCCUUGACCACAUCAACCUUCAUAUCAGAGGAGGCUACAUCUUGCCUUGGCAGGAGGCUGCAAUGAACACUCACUCCAGUCGACAACUAUUUAUGGGAUUGAUUGUUGCUUUGGAUGACAAUGGAAAAGCUGAAGGUCAGAUGUUCUGGGAUGAUGGACAAAGCAUUGAUACCUAUGAAAAUGGAAAAUAUUUUUUGGCAAACUUUACAGCAAGUCAGAACAUAUUACAAAUCCAGACCAUGUACAAUAAGUAUUUGAAUGACUCAAAUCAACUGAAAGUUGGAUAUAUUAAAAUCUGGGGGAUCCACUCUACUUAUGUGACACAAGUCAAUGUCACCUAUAACAACCAGCAAUUCACGACAACGAAUUUUACAAGUGACCCCUACAAUCAGACACUAACUAUUCAAUUGACUGACGAGAGUAAGAUUUUCAGCCUGGAAAACUUAACUGAGGUUACUUGGAGUCAUCAUAGUCCCGACAUUACUACUACACCUAUGACCAGUACCUUCUUAUCAACAUCUCCAGAUACUACAUCUACUAUUAAUGCUACCAUUUCUGAGUCUAUUGUCACUAGUUUUGCUUCAAGUACUGCUUCUGCUAACCAUAGUACUGCCUUUCCUAAUAUAACCACUUCUUUCCCAACAAGUACUAUUGAAGUUACACCUAGUACUAUUGUUCCUAAUACUCCUUUCCCUACAAAUGCUACUACUGCUAGCACUGGUACUGACUUUCCUAUCACAACCACUAAUACAACUACUCCUUUCCCUACAAAUGCUACUACUGCUAGCACUGGUACUGACUUUCCUGACACAACCACUAAUACAACUACUCUUUUCCCUACAAAUGCUACUACUGCUAGCACUGGUACUGCCUUUCCUGACACAACCACUAAUACAACUACUCUUUUCCCUACAAAUGCUACUACUGCUAGCACUGGUACCAAUGCUACUAGCACUAAUAAUACGCUUCCGAUUACAACUAUUCCUUCUCUUACAAAUACUAAGACUGAUGCUACUAGCAUGCAUUCAGUUACUACAAAUAUUUUAAAUACUACCACUGCUAGAAACACAAAAACAACUACAGGUAUCACCACAGUUCCUUUGAUUACAAAUGCUACUUCUGAACAAACUACUACUGAGAUCAUGUCAACUCUACCUCCUACAAGCACCCCUGGUAUCACCAUCACAGAUAAUGCACUGACCAGAAUCAGUACCACUACUUAUCCUCCAGCUACCUCUACCCAUGCUUUAAGUACCACUCAAAGCACCACCAAUACAAAUAUUACCAAUAUGACAACUCGUGUUACUGACAUUAUAAGUACUCCCACUAGAAACAGCCCAGCUACUAAUGAUAUAAUAAUUACUAGUACUCAAGACAUUGCCACUUCCUCACAUACGAACACUACAGGUAUUAAAUCUACUACUGAAGUUAGUGGAAAUGCCACCACAGCAUAUACUACCACCAUCACUACAUCUGUUUUCAGCACAAAAACUACAAAUUCAAACACUACUUCUGACACCGUCCUUACAAACACUUAA